AUGUCUGGCGGGGUGGAUUCCUCAGUUGUAGCCAAGCUUUUAGCAGAACAGGACUACGACUUAUCCGCUGUGUUCAUGCGCAACUGGGACACUCGGGAUGAGUCCGGUACCGACAAAGGUUGUGAGUGGGAAAAGGAUUGGGAAGAUGUACAGCGUGUCUGCAAGAUGCUAGACAUUCCAUGCGAAAUGGUGGACUUGUCUCAGCAGUACUGGACGCGAGUGUUCGAGCCCUCGUUGCAGCUGUGGGAGAAGGGCCAGACUCCAAAUCCGGAUAUAUGGUGCAACAGAGAAGUGAAGUUUGGGGCAUUGAUGGACCAAUUGACUGGCGACGAUGUCUGGGUUGCAACAGGACAUUAUGCCGACAAGUCAUGGUUUCCUUGCAAGUCGCUCAGACGUCCUCGGGAUAGGACCAAAGACCAAACUUACUAUCUUUCCGCCAUCCCGGAGGCCAGCCUUGCUCGCACCAUUUUCCCCCUUGCACCUUUUGCUAAAACUGAAGUACGUGCCAUGGCGAAAAAGUGGGAACUACCUACGGCCCAGAGAGCGGAAAGCAUGGGUAUAUGCUUCGUAGGCGAGAAGCGACGCUUUGACGGCUUUUUAUCACAGUAUAUCACCCCAAGGCAGGGCCCCAUAAUCGACUUGCAAACUGGCAAACAACUGGGUACUCACACUGGGCUUUGGACUUACACAAUUGGUCAAAAUGCGCGCUUGCCAGGCAUGCCAGAAAGGAUGUUUGUGGCUAAGAAGGACGCCGAGCGUAAUGAAAUUUAUGUUGUGCCCAGCUCAACUCACCCCGCUCUCUAUUCGCGAUCCCUGAUUGCGUCAGCUUGGCAAUGGAUCUGGAGAGACCAUCCACCUGGGGGUAUUGAUGAUGAGCUCGGGUUUCAUGGCCGGGUUCAGUACAGACAUCGCAUGCUGGACGCCCCGGCAACGAUCCAACGACGGGGCCACACGAUCCACAUCACCUUCGAGGAGCCACAGCAGUCAGUCGCUCCUGGCCAGAUUGCUGCAGUUUGGGAUGGAGAUUGGUGUCUAGGAAGUGGUAUCAUUACAGGCACUUCGGGACCAUAA